AUAUUUGGUUUGGUGUCACUUUUGGUUAGUGAAACAUGUAUGCGCUCCAUGUGAAAGUAAAGAAAGCCAAUCAUCUGAAAAACAAGGAAAUAUCGGGAAAAAGUGAUCCAUAUGUGAUUGUAGAUUUCCAAGGUGUGAAACAGAAGACUAAAGUGAUAGAAGACGAACUAGAUCCAAUAUGGAACGAGACUGUAACAGUCGAUUUAAAAGGGAAACCUUUAGUUCCUUCGGACAAAAUACUUCUCAGAGUAAUGGAUUUCGAUAAAGUCACACCAGACAAAUUCCUUGGACAAGUGAUAAUUCCUCUACAAGCUGUAUUAUCAACAAGUGAUGAGGUACCAAUUUGUGUGGCAUUACAGAAUAAGAAAGGCCAAGAUAGUACGUCAACGAUAGAAGUUUCACUACGCUACCAAACUCCUCCAAAAGCUCCAGGAGCCUUAGCAAGUAAUGAGAUAGAACAAACGACUGGUGAUGACGAAAGAGGAGAUGCUGGUGGUGGUGCAGGCGGUGCAGGUGGAGGUGGAGGUCCUGGUGGCGGUGGCGGGGAUGCUGGCCUAGAUGCUAGUCAACUGGCUGAUGGUGAUGCUGGAGUGAAACGUAAGAAGAGGCUAGGGUUUACCGGUGGUCUAGCAGUUCGUCCACAAUAUUCAACUAAAAAACAAGAUUUUCAGAUCCGUGUUAAAGUUGUUGAAGCACGUCAACUACAAGGUGCCAAUAUCUCACCAAUAUGUAAAGUAACCUGUUGGAAAGAAAGCAAAGAUACACGUGUACGCAGUUGUACGAAUUCACCAUUUUGGGAUCAAAUCUUCUUCUUCAAUUAUUUUAAUUCAGCUGCUGAACUAUUAGAUCAACAACUUGUUUUCACUGUAUACGAUUCACGUCGACUUCGACGAGAUUCAUUGAUUGGUUCAUUUAAAUUUGAUUUAUCACUUGUUUAUGAAUCUGAACGUCAUUCAAUGAUUAAUAAAUGGUUAUUAUUGUGUAAUCCAGAAGAUCCAAUGUCUGGUGCAAGAGGUUAUUUGAAAAUAUCAGUUGUUAUCCUAGAACCUGGUGAUGAAGCACCUAGUAUGAAAGUCACUGAAGCAGAUGAAAAAGAAGAUAUCGAAGGAAAUCUUCUACGUCCAGCUGGUGUACAAUUGAGGCCAGCAAUUUUUAAAAUACUACUAUAUAUGGCUGAAGAUUUACCAAGAAUGGAUUCUGAUGCAUUUAAAGGAAUCAAGAAUUUAAUUAGUAAAUCAGAUGAGGAAAAAGAAUUUGUUGAUCCUUACGCAAUGGUUUCAUUUGCUGGAAAAUCUAUUAAAUCAAGUACAAAAUAUGGUACAGAUCAUCCUGAAUGGAAUGAAGAAAUUACCAUGAAUAUACAGUUUCCAUCCAUGUGCGAGAAACUGAAAUUCACCUUUUACGAUUGGGAUCGUAUUGGUUAUGAUGAUCCUAUAGGAACAGGGAUAAUUUCUAUAUCACAAAUAUCAGCUUUUCGUGAUGACACUAGCGGAUUUUUGCCAACAUUUGGUCCAAGUUUUGUUAAUCUUUAUGGUUCACCAAGAGAAUACAGUGAUCUACCAGAUAAAUAUGAAGCAUUAAAUCUAGGCAAAGGACAAGGUGUAGCCUAUCGUGGUCGUGUUCUCCUGGAAUUAUCAACUGAAUUAUUAGAUGAACCAACUGCUGAUGUUGUAAAACCAUUGGAACCGGAUACAAUAGCUAGAAUACAGAAAUCUUUACGACGCAGAAAAUAUCAAUUAUAUGUAGCCUUUCUAUCAGCUACAAUGAUUGAAGAGAAACGUGAUGGACCAAUUGAAUUUGAAGUUAGCAUUGGAAAUCAUGGCAAUAAAUUGGAUGAAUCAGUUACACCGUGUGCAUCGACUACACCGCCAACAAAUCCUGUCUCUGAUGGGCUACAUUAUUAUUACUUACCAUGGAGUGAAGAUAAACCUUGUACAAUGGUUGAUUCACAAUGGGAGGAUAUAUCAUUCCGUUUAGGUGCAGUUAAUCUGUUAUUAAGAAUUGCUGAUCAUUUGGCUAAAGGAAUUAAUCAUAUAACGCUUGCUAUAAAAGCCAAUCUACCGAUUGAAACUCAAGCACAGCUGGCUAUCUCAUCAUUGGAUGAAUUUAUUAUGGACUGCAAUCGAGGUCUACCACAAUGGGAACCAGAAAAUAUACCACAGAAUGAUAUGGAUAUACAUUUGCGUAAAUUACGUGAAGAUCAACUGAAUGCACUACGUGAACAAGCAUUGAAUACACGUGAAACUGUUUCGGAAAUUGAAGAUGCUUUGAAAGAAUUAAAGUCAUACAGAGAUAGUAUUCUAAAAUUAGCUGUUGAACCUCAAAUGAGUAUACCAGAUAUAAUUAUAUGGAUGUUAUGCGGAGGUAAACGUAUUGCCUAUCAUAGAAUACCUGCACAUGAAGUAUUAUAUCACACUAAUGAAGAUUAUCGUGGCAUGGAAUGUGGUAUACCACAAACAAUCAAUUUAAAAAAACCUGUUUUACUUAAAGAUGAAAAUAAAGUCGAGUGGAAAAUUCCAGCUCAAAUACGUGCUGUCAUCUGGUUCGGAUUAGAGAAGGAUAGAGCUGCUUGGACUGAAUCACAUGCUGAAUCAAAACUUCAAGUUGUCGCAGAAACGUAUGAAAAUCAAGCAUCUAUUGUUGGCAGUUGGGUGACUAAACGACCACCAUUAACUCGUCCAGCAUGGUCAGAUAAUACUGGUCGUAUUGAAUUAACUAAAGAAUCGAUUCAACUACCAAGUGGUUGGGAAUGGAUUGGUGAUUGGUAUGUUAGUCCAGAAGUUUCAUUAUUAUAUAAAAAAGAUGCAGGUAAAACAAGUUUUGUUGAAGAAUUAUUUUACAAUGAAUCUCGUACUCCAACAAGUCCAUGGAAAGCAUCUGAACCACCAUAUACAGAUGCACAAGGUGAACCAAAAUGUGAACCAAAUUAUGUUGAAUUACCAGCUGGUUGGACAUGGGGUGAUGAAUGGAAAAUUGAUUUUAAUCGUCCAUGUGAUGAAGAUGGUUUUGAGUAUACAAUUGAAGCAACUACUGGGGGUUAUGUAGCCUCUGAAAAGCUAUAUCAUAUGUUCCGUAGACGUCGAUUAAUACGUACACGUAUACUUGGUGAAAUUGGUGUACCUGUCAAACAAGAGAGAAGUUUAAGUUCAGAACCCGCUGAAUCUUGGGAAUAUGCCUUCAAUUUCGACUCGAAAUUUCAUACAAAAGAACGUAAAAUGGAUAUGGUACGAAGGAGACGCUGGCAUCGUGCAUUAGCUCCAAUUGAAUCAAGUACAGAAACGACUAUGUGUCUUUUACAAAUAAGAAAUAAUUCAAAACAGGCGGAGAGUAGUUUGAAGUUGAAAAAAAAAGAGAAUCUCACUGUACCAAGAGUAUUUAUGCGUUUUCGAACAUCCCAUAUAUGGCAUUUACGAGCUUAUAUUUUUCAAGCCCGCAGUAUUUUAGCAGCUGAUAACUCUGGAUUAUCUGAUGCGUAUGUACGAUGUUCAUUUCAAGGUUAUAGUCAAGAGACACAGAUUAUUCAACAAUCGCUAUGUCCAACAUGGGAUGAGACAUUGAUAUAUGAACAAAUUGACAUGUGUGGUGAUCCAAAGUCUAUAGAAUACAGUCCACCACCCGUUAUUCUUGAAUUAUUCGAUUAUGAUCAGUUGAGUUCAGAUCAUUUCUUAGGUAGAUUACAGAUUACACCAGUUGUUCGUUUAGAUCCAGAAACAUCCUGGAGAAAUAUACUUCAAUGGUAUACAAUUGAAAAACAAGGCAAAAAAGCUGGAGAUAUAUUAGCUGCAUUUGAAUUAAUUUUGCUUGAUGGUAAAACUCCACCACCACCACCUACACGUCGUGGAACAUUAUUCAAUGUUCCUGAAGGUAUACGUCCAGUACUUCAACGUACUGGUAUAGAAAUUCUUUGCUGGGGUGUUAGAUCAAUGCGUAAAUAUAAACUAUCCAGUGUUAAUUCACCAUCAGUAGAAUUUGAAAUUGGCGGUAAAGUGGUUGAAUCAACAAUUAUUAAAAGUGUUAAAAAGAAUCCAAAUUUUUCAUUACCAUUAUUAUUUUUGGAUGUUUUAUUACCAAAAGAAGAAAUCUAUUUACCACCAAUGAAUAUUUGUGUACGUGAUCAUCGCGCUUUUGGUCAAAAACCAAUUGUUGGUGUACAUGUAUUAACAGAUUUUCAAGAGUUUAAAGUACUUCCAAGAACAUCACAAACAGAUAUAUUGAUGGAUAUACAAACUUUAACUGAUAGUUCUCCAUUGACACAAGAACCCAGUUUAACCGAUCCCAGUGUAGUAAUACAUUCACCAAGUAAAGCAAAACAGAAGAAAAAAUAUACACCUUAUGAGGAUAUUUCAAAGCCGAAAAGAGUCAAAGUUGUCACCGGCAUCGUGGCAGCACAAAAACCUCGAAGAAAAUGGAAAUUUUUAAAAUCUAAAAAAGUCCAAUCCUUAGAAAUACAGAUGGAUCUUAAACAAAUUGAUGAUAAAGUUGACUGGUGGUCGAAAUUUUAUGCAUCAGUUGGUGAAUGGGAUAAAUGUCUAAAGUAUAAAGAAUUUGGUUAUGAUACAAUAUGUGUCUAUCCUCAUCCAUUGGAAGAUGUUGAAGGUUAUCAGGGUUUUACAGAUUUUUGUAAUACAUUUACCUUAACAAGAGGUAAAAAUGUUGACGCAGAUGAAGAUAAUUAUGCUGGAGAAUUUAAAGGCACAUUUCGAAUUUAUGCCUUACCAGAAGAUCCAAAAGAACAGCUACCAUUACGUUAUUUUGAGAAAUUAAGUGUAUCCUCAGAACCAGAAGAAUGUGUUCUACGCGUUUAUGUUAUACGUGCAAUUGACUUACAACCAGCUGAUGCUUCAGGACUUGCUGAUCCAUAUGUUGAAAUUGCUGUUGGACAGCAUAAAGUUAACUCAAAGGACAAAUAUAUUCCAAACACCUUAAAUCCUGAAUUUGGAAAAAUGUUCCAGUUGAAAUGUCUUCUGCCAAUUGAAAAAGAUCUUCACGUUAUUAUCAAAGAUUAUGAUGCUGUCGGUGCAGAUGAUAUCAUUGGACAAACAUAUAUUGAUUUAGAGAAUAGACGUCUGACAAAAUAUCGUGCUACAUGUGGUCUACCACAAUCUUAUUGUAUAUCUGGACCAAAUCAAUGGAGAGAUUCAAAACUGCCUAGUGAAAUUCUAUUAGCUGUAUGCGAUAGUUAUGCACUGCCAGCACCACAAUAUGAAGAACCGACAGAAAUUAAACCAAGUCCAAGUUGUCGUGUUGGUCAACGUGUAUUUGUACUAGAAGAUUUUGAACGUGGUAUGGUACCUAAUCCACAUUUAGGUCCACCAAAAGAACGUUUAGCUUUGCAUAUUUUAAAUAAACUUCCAUUGGUUAAAGAACAUGUUGAAACAAGAAUGCUGUAUAGUCCACUUCAGCCUAAUAUUGAACAAGGUAAAUUACAAAUGUGGGUUGAUAUCUUUCCCACUGUAUUGGGUGACCCUGGUCCACCGUUUGAUAUUUCACCAAGACAACCAAAUGAAUAUGUAUUACGCUUAGUUGUAUGGAAUACAUUCGAUGUUGUAUUAGAUGAGAAAUCUAUAACUGGUGAACGAAUGUCUGAUAUCUAUGUAAAGGGAUGGAUAGCUGGUUUAGAUGAUCGUCAAAAAACUGAUGUUCAUUAUCGAUCAUUGAAUGGUGAAGGAAAUUUCAAUUGGCGUUUUGUAUUUCCAUUUUUCUAUCUACCAGCUGAAAAUAAUAUAGUUAUUAAGCGUAAGGAACAUUUUUGGUCAAUGGAUGUUACUGAACAACGUGUACGACCACAAUUAGUUUUACAAAUCUGGGAUAAUGAUCUUUUCUCACCAGAUGACUUUUUAGGCACAUUAGAAUUAAAUCUGUCAAAUUUGCCUAGUCCGGCUAAAUCACGUAGUAAAUGUGCGCUGAAUAUGUUACAAUCGGUAGGGAAUGAAACCAAAAUGGUGAAUUUAUUUGAAUGUAAACGAUUGAAUGGAUUUUGGCCAUUUAUUAAUGAAGAAAGCGGUACACCUCUACUUACUGGUAAAAUUGAGAUGGAAAUGGAAUUGGUAACAAAAGGAGAGGCUGAACUUCGACCAGCUGGUAAAGCACGUGAAGAUCCAAAUGAAAAUCCUCAUUUAGAACCACCAAAACGUCCAGAAACCUCCUUCCUUUGGUUUACAUCACCAUGGAAGACAUUCAAAUUUAUUAUUUGGAAAAAAAUGAAAUGGAUACUGAUCGGAUUAUUGAUUGCUGUGAUUCUUGGCUUAUUGGUAGUACUUUUCAUCUAUGCAUUACCUCCACUCCUUGCAAGAAAAAUGGUUGGUGUUUGAGCAUACAAAUACUUCAUGGAGAAUCUCAGUUUGAAUAUACUCAUAACAUUGGUGUGUUUUUAUUUCUUGUAAUCACAACUUCCUAAAACAGCAAAAAAAAACUUCACAAAAAAAAAUUAAGAAAGCAAACAAAAAACGAACAAACAAUACUCAGUGUUUUCCACAUAUUCCAAUUGUCCACAUAGAAACUUAUUUUGUCAACCGAAAACAAUACGAAAGUGGAAAAAACAACAAACCAAAACAAAACAGUCAACUACUCAUUUUGUUUUCUAAAAAUUUAGGUAUACGGUACAAUAAGUCGAUGUAUUUUCCUCUUUUGUGUGAAUGUCUGUAAGUGUAAUAUGUGAUAAUAACCCCACUUAUCUUUGCUUCCAACAUACCCCUUUCUAACACUCACACACGCACACACACACAUCCAUUCUGUGUUUUAUUAAUUUCUUCAGCGUUUAUUUUAAACGUAAAAAGUACUCCCUUAUAUUCCUUUUUCUCAUUGGUCUUUCACUAGUUUAUUUUUAUGCUUUCAAUUAUGCAUGAAUAACGGUGAAGGUUAAACUUGAACUGUUUUUUUUCUAUGAUCAGCUAACUACUACUUACUUUUAAACCAUUUAAGUAGGUGGUUCAACGAAAUACUGCUUUAAAUUUUGUGUGUGUGUGUGUGCGCGCGUCUGUGUGAGUUAUGGUACCAUCACUCACUACCAUAGGCCUUAAUCAUAUCUUAUGUCUUCUUGUCUACUUUAUUGAUACGGAAUUGUCGUUCUUUCUCUGUGUUAGCAUUUUACAGCAAUGUGAACCAAAAUGAUAUCAAGGCGUUACUAUUAUUAACGACGUAAACAGUAUUAUUUUAAAUACGGUUAUAUAUUCUUGUAAUUUUUAUUUCGGACGAUGUUGUGAUAUCUGUGUUAUAUCGUCUAAUUGAUGAUGAUGAUGAUCGUGAUCAUGAUGAUAAUUGAUCAUGUGUUGUGAUCUUAAAAAGAAAAACUCACUGUACAAGUUUUUUUGUUUGUUUGUGUUUCUUUUUCAAUCAGUUUUACGGAAUACACAUAAAAAAUGUGCAUCACAUCUUCCGU